UUAGAAACUUGACUUCUGAUUGUUCCCCGUCGUCAUUGUGGGUCAAUAAAGCGUUGAGGGCUUGGUUGAGCGGUAACCAAAUCGCUGAAUAAAGCAGAGAAAGGGGAGUGUGACAGUCUGCGUUGCAUUUGGUGAUCGCAGGUCCUUCGCAAAAGCAAAAUGACCAAGCGCAAAGGAAAAAGUACAACUAAACAGGACGACAGUUUGCUACUUUUGGAGCCAUCUGUAGCACAACCAAAGGGAUUGAAAGAAUAUGCCUUUCCUGCCGUAGCUUUUUUUAUUUUUGCCGUCGGGGGAUUAACAGCGGUGUGGUUCUGCUGCCAGCAACAGCAAACCAUCUACAGUCUAACAGAGACUGUCAAUGCAAUGCAGCUCAGGAUAACCAAGUUCCAACAGCAAUUGGGAAUGGGUAAUGCACAGAUCACCAAUGUGGGUGUUUUUGAAGAGCGUCUGCAAGCACUAGAAGAGGCCUACACGCAGGCCCAAAAGAAGGCAGAGGUCACCCUGGCCACCUCUGAAAAAAUCCAAUCUACAGAUCUUUCCAGCCAGCUCUGGUCUCUGCAGUCUGAGAUGAAUGCCAAACUAUCUGAACUGCAACAGACAACUGUUUCCACUGCAACUCUGAAUGCUGUGGUCAAGAAUAAGACGGAAGAGCUUGAGAAACUGAAGCAGAGGCUCGAUUCUAUCCUUAAUGCAAACUCUGAAGUAGCGGUCAGCAUUUCUGGGCUCACAGACACUGUUUUGGUCACCAAAUCACGUCUCGAUGAGCAAAUGUUUGCUGUGGAGGGUCUCACAUCUCGGUUGGAAGAACAGAGAUUGGAACUAGCAGUCCUGAAGGAGUCUUAUGCAGGCAAUGAGAAUGCUCAGAGAAUGGAACUUGCAGGCCUGAAGGAGUCUUUUGACAGCAACCAGAAUGCUCUUGAAAGAAACAGACAGGAAGUGAUGGAUAUCAAGGAGCUGCUAGAGAUGGAACAGGCAAGAAGAUCCCAAGCUCUUGAGGAGCAGCUUAUGUCUGUCCGUAGGAGUCUUGAGGACCAUCAGAAAAGUACUCAUACCCUUCACUCUCACCUCGCUGCACAGCUUGAGAUCGUCCAGAGUCAGAUGUUAGCUGAAAGCCAGCAGCUUGAUUCUGCAGAGGAAGAGAUUGUAGAAAUUGUAGAAGAGCAAGCAGCAACUGAGGAGGAGGUUCCAAUCAAGGAUAAAACUGUGACAGAGGAGAAAGUAUUAACUGGGGAGGUUCUGGUCCAGGAAGAAUUUGAUGAGAAGCAAGAAGUAACUGAAGAGGAAGAACCAGUUGAGGAGGUUCAGGUCCAGGUGGAAGAAGUUGUUGAAGAGCAAGCCAAGAAGGAUGAAAUACCUGAGGACGUUCAUCUCCAAAAAGAUGUUAUUGAGGAGCAAGUAGUAACUGAGAAGGAAGAACCAGCUGAGGAGAUUCAGUUCCACAAGGAAGAAGUUGUUGAAGAGCAAGCAGGAACUGAGGUGGAUGAAAUACCUGAGGAAAUGCAGGUCAAGGAAGAUGAUGUUGAGGAGCAUCUGGUAUCUGAAGAACUGUCUAAGAAGGUCCAUGGAGUAGAAGCAGUUAAAAAGCAAGCAGUAACUGAGGAGGAAGUUAUAUCUGAGGAAGUUCAUGCCAAGGAUGGAGAUGUUGCUGAGGAGAAAGCAGUAAGUACAGAGGAUGAAAUAACUGAGGAAUUUCAGGACCAGGGGGAAGAAGUUGAUGAGGAGCAAAAAGAAGAGGCCAAGGAGGACCUGACUUCUACAGAGGAAACCAAAAUUGAGGCUGAGGCUGCUAAGGACCUCUCAGAAGAUCAGGUGGUUGGAGAUAUCAGCCAGGAUGAGACUUCGCAGGAAUCAUUUGAAGAACCAGUUGAGGGAAUUGAGCAGCAGAUAGACUUGGAGGAAGUUGUAGAAGAUGUGCAAGACUCUGAGGACGAAGAGGAAAAACCUGCAGAGCUGGUAAUGGAAGAGCUAGAUGAACAAGACAUUUCAGCAAAUUAAGUUGUUGGCAGGGAAACAGUGCAAAAUGAAAGACAUUUUCUGAGGACUUGAAGUUGUCGCCAUUUCCACACAGAAUUACGUGAAACAUGACUACUUCACAUUUGCUGUAAUUUUCCUCAGUCUUACUUUGUAUUGGAAGGUAAACUAUUUUAAACAUUUCUAGUGUUCUGUUGAAUCUUUAAUUGCUCUGUUUACAUGUAAAUGUAAUGAGGGUUGAUGUUUUACUAGGUUACACAGUUAACAAUUGUUGCAUUUUUCAUUCAGUGGUUUGCCAGUUCAAUAACCUCAGGAGUGUUACUUGAAUUAAACUGGUUUUAAUUAUUUUAUUUUUUUUACCACCUCUCUGUCCCAGCCUCUCUCUUCUAGUGUUUUGUUGUCUCCUGAAAUGGGACACACACUGUGUGUAUAUUUGCAGCUCUUAGGUAGGGGCUUAGGAAUGUGGCACUGAUCUUGGGCAGUGGGGACUUGCAUGUCCCAUUUGUGCUGAUUGGAGCUCAUCAAAUCCCUGAAAGAUGAGAUGUGUACCUUGUGUCCUUCUCAACCAAACCACAAUUUAUAUCGAAACUUAGUUGCAGUAGUGCCAUUUUAAGGCAAACAAUGUCCAAAUUACAUUUUGAUGAUGUAUAAUACUUCUUAAAUGAAUCUCUUUGCUAUGGUAAACAUAGACAGGAAUAUAAUUUGUGAAAAGAAAUAGACUAAAGAAUAAAACCUACAUCAAUACUACAUCUUUCAUAAAAUUAAAUAAUAAAAAUAGCCUACUAGGGACUGUUCAAUAAUCAGAAGCAAAACAUAACUAGAUUUAUGAGGUUCAGAUCACUGUAGUCAACAUAAGUGCUACAUAAUAGGGUACAAUAUAACAAGUACACUGUUCUCCUCUGUUUCGGUACAUCAUUUGCCUUCACUCCUAGAUGGUGCUGAGGUUUUCUGGAAUUGCUCAAAUUCUGAGAUAAGAACUGCAAUAGCAUUUUUAAGAAGUAUGGCAAAUUCAACUAAUAAUACAGUGCUUGAAAUUUAGGCAGUCCCAUGGGCAGUGUUUGAAAAUGUUUUACUUUUGAGUUUGUAAUAUUCAAUCUCAUUUUCUGCCAUUGAUAGAUAUGGCAAGUACUAAGAGUAGUAUGCAAAAUUAGCACAAAGACAGCAUAACAAAUACUUCCAUGAUCUAUGCCUUAUAAACUCAGCAAAAAAAAAAAAAAAAAAAAAAAACAUUUUCAACUGCUUUUAUUUUCAGCAAACUUAACACAUGUAAAUAUUUGUAUGAACAUAAAAAGGAUUCAACAACUAAAGACAUAAACUAAACAAGUUUCACAGACAUGUGACUAACAGAAAUUAAAUAAUGUGUCCCUGAACAAGGGGAUACAGAUACAAGAUACUGACACCAGUAUGGUGUGGCCACCAGCUACAUUAAGUACUGCGGUGCAUCUCCUCCUCAUGGACUGCACCAGAUUUGCCAGUUCUUGCUGCGAGAUGUUACCCCACUCUUCCACCAAGGCACUUGCAAAUUUCUGGACACUUCUGGGGGGAAUGGCCCUAGCCCUCACCCUCUGAUCCAAGAGGUCCCAGACGUGCUCAGUGGGAUUGAGAUCUGGGCUCUUCGCUGGCCACGGCAGAACACUGACAUUCCUGUCUUGCAGGAAAUCAUGCACAGAACAAGCAAUAGGGCUGAUGGCAUUGUCAUGCUGGAGGGUCAUUUCAGGAUGAUCCUGCAGGAAGGGUACCACAUGAGGGAGAGGGAUGUCUUCCCUGUAACGCACAGCGUUGAGAUUGCCUGCAGUGACAACAAGCGCAGUCUGAUGAUGCUGUGACACACCGCCACAGACCAUGACAGACCAUCCACCUCCAAAAUCGAUCCCUCUCCAGAGUACAGGCCUCGGUGUAACGCUCAUUCCUUCGACAAUAAACAUGAGUCCGACCAUCACCCCUGGUGAGACAAAACUGUGACUCAUCAGUGAAGAGCACUUUUUGCCAGUCCUGUCUGAUCCAGCGAAGUUGGGUUUGUGCCCAUAGGCGACGUUGUUGCCGGUGAUGUCUGGUAAGGACCUGCCUUACAACAGGCCUAAUAGUCCUCAGUCCAGCCUCUCUCAGCCUAUUGCGGACAGUCUGAGCACUGAUGGAGGGAUUGUGUGUUCCUGGUGUAACUCGGGCAGUUGUUGUUGCCAUCUUGUACCUGUCAUGCAUGUGUGAUAUCCGGAUGUACCGAUCCUGUGCAGAUGUUGUUACAUGUGGUCUGCCACUGCGAGGACAAUCAGCUGUCCUUCCUGUCUCCCUGUGACACAGUCUUAGGCAUCUUGCAGUACGGACAUUGCAAUUUAUUGCCCUGGCCACAUCUGCAGUCCUCAUGCCUCCAUGCAGCAUGCCUAAGGCUCAUUCAUGCAGAUGAGCAGGGACCCUGGACAUCUUUCUUUUGGUGUUUUUCAGAGUUAGUAGAAAGGUCUCUUUAGUGUCCUAAGUUUUUAUAACUGUUACCUUAAUUGCCUACCGUCUGUAAGCUGUUAGUGUCUUAAUCACCGUUCAGGUGCAUGUUCAUUAAUUAUUUAUGGUUCAUUGAACAAGCAUGGAAAACAUUGUUUAAACACUUUACAAUAAAGAUCUGUAAUGUUAUUUGGAUUUUUACAAAAUUAUCUUUAAAAUACAGUGUCUUGAAAAAGGGACGUUUUUUUUUCGUUUUUUUGUUUUGCGGAAUUUAUAAUGUAAAAUAAUACAAUUAUUUGUUUCACAUUUGAGUAAUGACAAUUAGGGGGUGCUUAAUUGCAAUUAAACAAACGAUGCGA